CUGACCAACUCCUGCGGUGGCAAAGCAGCCAUUGGUGUGAUCGGUGGCGGUGUCAUGGGAUUGCUCAUGGGAGUUUUUCUGGGCGCUAUGUCGGAUGCUACUCCCCCGGUUCAGGUAAUUGCUGGCAGAGAAGUUCCGCAGGCACCCUUGCGUGAACAAAUUAAGGUCACGAUGCGGGCCACGGGCGACAAAUCUUUGUACUGGUGUCGAAAUUUUGCGUUUAUUACCGGAGUUUUCGGAGGCUCGGAAUGCUUGGUAGAAAAAUAUCGCGGGAAGCAUGACGUUUGGAAUUCCGUCGCUAGCGGAUGUAUUACUGGCGCUGCCUUGCAAGCCAAAUCGGGACCGCAGGCAGCCGCCGUCGGAUGCGGAGGUUUUGCUGCUUUUUCACUAGUUAUUGAUACUUUCAUG